CCCUCUCUCUCUCUCUCUCUCUCUCUCUCUCUCUCUGUAUCUCAUAGUGAGCCACCAAGUCAGAUUCUGCAGAGGUGCUAGGGUUUCAUGAUCACAUGCUUCGUUUUCUCGGCCUGAUACUGAAUGUUGUUAGCCGGCUAAGCCAGAAUCUUGAACAUCAUACUAUUCCUGGUCAUUUUGAGACAUGUACAUCAAGCAGGUUAUCAUUGAAGGAUUUAAGAGCUAUAAAGAGCAAAUUGCUACAGAACCAUUUAGCCCAAAGGUCAACUGUGUAGUUGGUGCAAAUGGGUCAGGGAAGACAAACUUUUUCCAUGCUAUACGUUUUGUCCUCAGUGACCUUUUUCACAACUUACGGCCAGAGGACAGGCAGGCUCUGCUUCAUGAAGGUGCAGGCAAACAAGUAAUAUCUGCAUUUGUGGAAAUAGUUUUUGACAACUCGGACAACCGUAUCCCUGUUGACAAGGAAGAAGUAUGCCUGCGAAGAACUAUUGGACAGAAAAAGGAUGAGUACUUUUUGGACAAGAAACAUGUCACGAAAACUGAGGUCAUGAAUUUGCUUGAGAGUGCUGGUUUUUCUCGAUCCAAUCCUUAUUAUGUAGUUCAACAAGGAAAAAUAGCGUCAUUGACACUCAUGAAAGAUUCUGAACGGCUUGAUCUAUUGAAAGAAAUUGGUGGCACUCGAGUUUAUGAGGAGAGACGUCGUGAGAGUUUGAAGAUCAUGCAAGAAACUGGCAAUAAAAGGAAGCAGAUAAUUCAAGUGGUGCAAUAUUUGGAGGACAGAUUGAAGGAGCUUGAUGAAGAGAAAGAGGAACUGAAAAAGUAUCAGCAACUUGACAAGCAGAGAAGGUCUCUUGAAUACACUAUUUUUGACAAGGAGUUGCAUGAAACGAGAUCAAAAUUGGUGGAGGUGGAGGAAACUAGAUCAAGGGUUUCCGAAAAGUCAGCUAGUAUGCACAAUGAAGUGUCUAAGGCUCAUGAAGACCUAAAGAAAUGCGAAAAGGAGAUUAAGUUUUUGAUGAAGGAUUCUCAAUCAUUGAAUAAGGAGAAAGAGACGAUAGAAAUGCAGCGAACUGAAGCAAUCAAAAUACAUGCACAAGUUGAACUUGACGUGAAAGACAUAGAAGAGAAAAUUGCUAGUGAAACUCGUUUGCAGGAGGAAGCUAAAAGAGAUCUGAAGAUUCUGGAGGGAGAAAUUCAAAAGUCACUAAAGGAACUGGAGGAAAUCCGACCAAUAUACAUAGCACGGGGCAAUGAGGAGGAAGAAAUAGCUAAGAAAAUAAUGGAGCGUGAAAAAAAGCUAAGCAUUCUGUACCAGAAACAAGGUCGUGCAACUCAAUUUUCUAGCAAAUCUGCUCGUGACAAAUGGCUUCAGAAAGAAGUCAAUGACCUUCAAUCUGUCCUAUCAACAAAUCUAGCGCAGGAACAAAAACUUAGGGAUGAAAUUCAGCAUCUUGAGAAGGAGCGGGAUAGAUAUGAAGAAAUGACAGAGAGCCGUAUUAUGGAGUUGAAAAAGCAAGAAACAGUGAUUUCUAAAUGUCUUGAAGAACUCAAUAAGUUAAAAAUGCAAAGGGAUGAAUUGCAAGACAAGCGCAAAUCCCUGUGGAAGAAAGAGAGUGAUCUUUCAUCAGAAAUUGAUAAACUGAGUACGGAAGUAGCAAAAGCAGAAAAGAGUCUUGAUCAUGCAACUCCUGGUGAUAUUAGGCGAGGGCUAAAUUCAGUAAGAAGAAUAUGCAGAGAUCACAGAAUUUCUGGGGUCCAUGGUCCAGUUUUUGAGCUGCUUGAUUGUGAAGAUAAAUUCUUUACAGCCGUUGAAGUGACUGCUGGGAAUAGUUUGUUUCAUGUAGUGGUAGAGACAGAUGACAUAUCUGCUACAAUAAUUAGAAUUCUUACAGCAGAAAAAGGUGGCAGAGUUACUUUUAUUCCAUUGAACCGAGUGAAGGCACCACAUGUAACAUAUCCACAAAGUUCUGAUGUUGUGCCAUUACUGAAGAAACUGAAGUUCUCAUCCCGUUUUUCUCCUGCAUUUGCACAGGUUUUUGGUAGGACUGUAGUUUGUCGUGACUUGGAUGUUGCCACAAAGGUUGCACGUUCAAAUGGACUAGAUUGCAUUACUUUGGAAGGUGAUCAAGUAAGCAAGAAAGGUGGGAUGACAGGAGGAUUUUAUGAUUACAGACACUCUAAGUUGAAGUUAAUUAAGUCAAUUCGACAAAAUGUGGGCUCGAUAAAAUCAAAACAAGAAGACUUGGAGAAAGUUAGAAACGCUAUUCAAGAGAUAGACCAAGACAUUACCACACUGGUUACCGAGCAACAAAAGGUUGAUGCGAAGCUUGGUCAUCAGAAGUCUGAAUUGGAACAGAUUAAGCAUGAUAUUUCUAAUGCCAAGAAGCAGAAACAGUCAGUCUGUGAUGCCCUUGAGAAGAAGAGAAAAUUGCAUGGAACCUGUGAAAACCAUAUUGCACAGCUAAGAGCUGGCAUGUCUAUUAAGGUUGCUGAGAUGAAAACAGAUCUGGUUGAUCAGCUGACACCUGAAGAGAGGGAUGACCUCUCACGGCUGAAUCCAGAAAUUACUGAGCUUAAGGAACAGCUUGUUGCUUGCAAAACAACCAGAAUUGAGGUUGAAACCAGGAAAGGUGAGAUUGAGACAAAUCUGUCAACUAAUCUUGUAAGGCGACAAGAGGAGCUGAAGGCAAUGAUAUCCUCAGAAAAUCUGAAGGCUUUCUCUUUGGAAAUUGAACAGAAGAGGACUGAGCUGAAGCAUGCAAAAGUGUCUGUUAAUGAACUAUCAAAGCAGUACAAUUCAAUCAUUGAUAAUGUUGAGAAAAUUAUGAGAAAUAUCAAUGGCAUUAAAAGUGAGAAAGAGAGGCUUAAGGCUGUAGAAGACAAUUAUCAACGGACCAUUCAGGAUGAAGCUAAAAUGUCAGAACAGCUAGUUAACAAAAGAAACCUUCUGAUAUCUAAACAAGAAGAUUACAUGAAGAAAAUUAGAGACUUGGGAUCACUGCCUUCAGAUGCUUUUGAGAAGUACAAACGGAAGAAUGUCAAGGAGUUGCACAAGAUGCUUCAUAGGUGCAAUGAGGAACUUAAACAGUUUAGCCAUGUCAACAAAAAAGCCCUUGAUCAAUAUGUAAAUUUCACAGAACAGAGGGAGGAGCUACAGAAGCGGCAAGCUGAACUUGAUGCAGGUGAUGAGAAAAUUAGGGAGCUUAUUUCAGUCUUGGAUCAGAGAAAGGAUGAAUCAAUAGAGCGCACUUUUAAAGGUGUUGCAAAAAACUUCCGUGAAGCUUUUGCAGAGCUUGUGCAAGGAGGUUAUGGUUCCUUAGUGAUGAUGAAGAAAAAGGAUGGGGAGCUUGGUGAUGAUGAUUAUGAUGAGGACGGGGCACGUGAAGCUGAUCCUGAAGGAAGGGUGGAAAAGUACAUUGGUGUGAAAGUAAAGGUUUCCUUCACUGGCCAGGGUGAGACUCAGUCAAUGAAGCAGCUCUCUGGAGGUCAGAAAACCGUAGUGGCUCUGGCGUUGAUCUUUGCCAUACAACGUUGUGAUCCUGCACCUUUUUACCUUUUUGAUGAGAUAGAUGCAGCCUUGGAUCCACAGUACAGGACUGCAGUUGGAAACAUGAUAAGGCGCCAGGCAGAUGCUGCCAAUACGCAGUUCAUCACGACAACCUUCCGUCCGGAGCUUGUGAAGGUUGCAGAUAAAAUAUAUGGUGUUAGUCAUGUACAUAGGGUAAGCCGUGUAAAUGUGGUAUCAAGGGAGGAGGCGCUCAAAUUCAUCGAGCUAGAUCAGAACCAGCAGAAUGACUGAAACUGGUUCAUUCUUAUAAUUUUACCACUGACAGAUUCUGACGUCGAAUUGGUUUUUCUGAUUUGAAUGGCAAGUACAGCAAGGUUAAGAAUCUUCUCUGCUAAUAAAAGCAUUAGCCACCUGUUUAAGUGCCACCACAAGGCCUUCAAGUUAAAGGUCAUGAGUUCAAAAUCAGGGUAAUAUCGCCUAGCACAAUCGGCAAGAUGCUAAAGGUUUAGGCUGAAUUGUUUAGUGCAGCUCAUCUCUCUCUCAUUCUCUCCAUAUUCACUUACGUGUGCCACUGGCCCACAUCAACGGUAUCACUUGUGCCACUGUUCCUUUGACAAUUUGAUCAAAAGG